AUGGCGCCGUCCUCCUCGUCCUCGUCAUCGUCGUCGGGCGGCUCCCACGCGGGCCUCGCCAUCGCGGCCACCGCCAUGGCGCUCUCCGGCACGCUCGUCCUCUACUCCCUGUGCCGCGCCAAGCAGCCGCGGCUGGUGCCCUCCGACUCCGACGCUGUCCCGGCUCCUCGGCUCCGGCCGUGCCUCUCCUCGUCCGAGAAGCGGAAGAAGAAGAAGCGGGAGAUGGCGCGGCGCGGGAGCCAGCAGAAGCGGGUGCGCUUCGCGGACGACGUCGUCGACAACAAGGACAAUGGCGCCGCCGCCAGCACCGCCACCACGGCGCCGCGGGAGGAGGCCGCCGAGCCGUCGUGCGCCGCGGCGCUGAGGACGCCCAUGCCGGCCAACCGGGAGGCGCUGUACCGCGGCAUGCUCCGCGGCCGCAUUAUGCUCAGGGUCGCCUGUUCCUACUAG